GGAACGCUGCGCCGCUUCCCUCGGACACCUGCGUUCUCUGGGAGGGAGCGAGGCUCCGGGCCUCGGCGGCAGCAGCAUGGCCUCGACUCCGGGGGUCUCCCGCGUCGUCCCCAGCGGGAAGGUCUACCGGCAGAUCUUUGACGACGAGAUAAACCUCGUGCGCACUCUUGGAAAGGCGAGAAGCAAAUUAGCGCAGCACAAACUCCCACAGAUUCCAGGAAGGAUCCCCUUGGUGAGAGACACAGAAACAUGUUCCGGCACUGGAUUUUUAUCGCAUCGUCAGCAGACAUGGGUUGAAGGAAUGCCCAAUGAUGACUACAUAGAAAACCCAGUGCAUUACAAGGAAGCAACAACCUUGGCAUUUCUGAAGAGUCAAGAAAGUGACAGUGUGAUUGCUGCUCGAGAAGUCAGAGGCCUUGCUGAAGUCACUAUUCCUGAGAAGAAAAAUAGCAACAUCAUUGAGCGUCUUUCAGAGAACCGAAAAUUUCGUUACAAUGAAGCCGUGGCAAAGCUAAAACAGGAGUUGGCACAUAUUGGGAAGGAAAUGGAGCUUCAUUUUCUGGAGCCUGGGAAGUUGUUUUUGGCCAAACUGUCAGAAUCUGAUCAAACCAUUGAGUCCCUUUUCCAAAAGGCUGCAGAAGACACCAACGUAGAAACCUACACUAUGCAAGACUUUGAGCAGAUAUGGGACCUGAUCUUCCAGGAGACCUUAAAAAGAAGGCAGUGGAUCCGAGACCUGGAUGAAGCCUUACGCCAGGCUGAGGUGGAUCGAGCUGAACGGAUAAGAGUCUUGUUUACCAAAUAUGCCAAAGUUCUGGAGGACAUUGCUUAUUUCUUAACCUCUGACGUCCAUCGAUUUGUACACAAGGAAGCUAUGAUGCUCAACCAAGCCCUCCUGGCUAAUCGGAGAGCAAUAGCCAAGCUCUUUGUCAAUUUAAUGGAGGCAGACCUGAAGAGGAAUGUUGCCCAUCGGUGGAGACUGGAAGAGAGAUUAAAGAUCUGGAAGGUGGUGCAAAAAGAGAAAAUCAUUGCCAGUUUCAGAGAGUUUAUGGAAAGUGAAAGAAUACAGAAUCCCAGUGCUGUGAAAAUGGAACUGGAGAAUAUGCUCAAAGAUCAGUUGUCACUUGUUGAAAAGAGAACGACGCUGUUGUGCUCUCUGUGCAAUUUAUUGCCUCUGUUGCAUUCUAAGGCCAAGGUAAACGAAUGGUAUGAAUCCGUCGUAGCUUUAAAUAAACGUAUAGAUACCCACAAUGUGCAGUACAUGAUGAGAAUUCGCAUCCAGUAUGAGAAGGUUUGCCAGGAGUGUUUGUCAAAAGUGCAGGAGUCCAAGCAAAAACUGUUGAAGUUGAAGAUUUGUACAGAAGAAGAGGCAGAGAACAUAGUGAAUCCCAAUUUCUUUCAAUUAGUGGGAAAGCUCCAGAGUCGGUUUGAGCAUGAGAUGGAAAAGAUGGAUAAUGACCUGGAGCAUCUGGCUAAACACACAGAGGUCAACUGCAGGAACCUGUACCAGUACUUCCAGGAUGCUCUGGUCCUCUUGGACACCCACCAGCAGCGCCUCUCUCGCCAUGAGGAUGAACUGCACAACAAGCUGAAUGAAUGCCGGAACAAGCACGAAAACCUGAAUAAGCUGAGGGAGGUUCAUCUGGACAUUUCCGUUGACAAACUGAGGGUCCAAAGCUCUGAUGAAAAACUGAAGCUCCAGCUAGAGAAGGUUUAUGCUGCUUUGGACUUCAUUCGGGCUGGGUAUAUAACGUUUCAUCAAGACCUCUUGUCCAAAGUAACUGCUCACCCAGACCAUAUCUUGCAUGAACUUAUUUCCUACAGUAACUCCAUCAGCCGGUAUUUUCAUGUGAGGGAUAUCUUCAAGGGGAAGCCAUUAGGAAGAAAAGAGACCACAAGCCAAGAGGAAGCAGACUUGGCUGGGGAUACAGAAGAAGAAGAAAGACAGGAGGGUGUCCUUGAACACAAAAGUGAACACCACCAGGCAAGGAAGGAGCAAGUUGACAAAGAGGAUGAAAUUGUCAAUGCCGAAGAGUCAGAGAAGCCAAGAAAAAUGGAGAGCUCUGUUCCUGAGAGUGAAGGAAUUGGCAUCCCUCGAGAAGGGACCAGUUUCAUCCUGGGAAGUGGCCAGUUGGAGAAGUCUGAUGAGGGGAGCUCUUCUGUGCAGGAGGCAGGAAGCAUCCAGGAGGUGGAAGAGGCUGCAGAACACAUGGUGCCAUUGUCUUCUUCACUGCUCGGCUUGACUGAAGCAUCCAUGGAGUUCUUCACCACUUCACAUGGCAAUACUUACAGAGUGUUCACAGUCUUGCGGAAGUCCCGGAUCAGGAAGCCUGAGAAGUAUUAUGCUGGAAAGCUGAAAGACAGCAUCCUGCCCUCCUAUCUGGAACAGACCUACCUCUCAGAGAAUUUCGUUACAGAUCUGAGAAGGCAAAUCCGGCUGCAGUUCUUUGAACACUUGGAGAAAUGGUUUGCUGACAUCUCAUCCCAAGCCUCCACCACUGUAGCCGCCAAGAAGGAAGAGUUGCAGUCGGAGCUACAGCUGCGCAUCCACCUUCAUGAGCCCCGGCGGGGCCGAAUUGAGAAGGACAUUUACCACGUCAGGAUGGCGGAACUACGGCUCCACAGUGAACGCUUGGUGCGCCACUGCGCAGGGGUGGUGGAAGCGCUGAACAAGGAGAGGCGUGCCUUCUUCAAGCUCCGGGAGAACCAGAACCACAUCAGCAAGACCUUCCGGCACCGGAUCCAAGACAUGGAGAAUAUCUUCCUGACAGAGAGCCGAGCAGACAAGUUGGUUAGCCUCAGCAACAAUCUCCACAUAGAGCUGCUCAACCAUGUGGAAGUGAUGCAGCUUUCCUUGCGAAGUUACCGACAGUACUUGGAAGAGGCACUGGGGAAACUACGAGAGGCAAACACCGACUUCCUGAAAGCCUGCAGAUUAUUUUCAAAUGGAGGUAACUUUUCUCCCGAGGAGCUGGAGGUUUUCAUGAAGCGCCUACAUAAGGAGAGUGGGCGAAUUGAUUUUGUGGAAGGCCUCAUCAUGAUUGACAUGGAGAAGAUGGAGACCAGUUACUUGGAGCAGGCUACGGAGGUGAUUAGUAAGUUUGAAAACCGAUUUCGUUACCUGACAAUGGAUAGGGUCUUCAUGGAAAAAAUCCAGCGAUUUCUGACGAACAUUCAAGUGAAAAUCAAGUCAGAGGUAGCCAAAUCUAAUUUGCAGACACAAACAUUAAACUCGCUUUUGGAAAAGCUCCUCCUCAGGAUCGAUGCUUGCAUCCAUCCCAAUGUGGAUAAGGAGUCUGUCACUCCCGAAGGGCUCUAUGAGUUUGCCAAGUUUGUGAUGGACGAGUUGAAGAAGAGAAGCAAGUAUCUUGACUGCCUGCUACUGCUGAGUCUGGAUCCUGUGACUUCCAUUGUCCAAGAUCCCCUGGUCCAGACUUCAUUCACGGUUUCCAUCCAGUCCGACACACUGCUGCCAGAGAGCAAGAUGACCAUCAUGGGUGUGGAAUGCACAGCACUGAUGAAUGCAAGCAGGAUGGGGAAGCCAGCCUUUGAUGACGCAGCACUCUCUGUGGUCAAGCAUCUCACUGGAUUUCAGCGCCUCAGAAGAACGACAGACUCUUCUCAGGAAAAAGAGCCAUCACAGACCACCGGAGGAGAAGGACAAGUGCUAUUGCCCUUCAUUAAUAAAGACCAAGCCGACAGCAUCCAGGGUGGUCAACAUGUGCCUGUUCCUCUGAAAAAGUCCAGUUCUGUCAGCAAGCGGAUGUCAAAAAGCAGCAGCUCCAUCCAUAAAUAUGCCAAGAUAACACGGGCAGACAGAAAGUUGCAGAUUUUUGGGGACAAGCCAAAAGAGACUGAUAAUGACCAUUUUAAAGGGAUAAUCUUCAAUAUCUUAUGGGACAACUUUGACACUCUGAUGGCCAUUGCUGAGGACUUCUAUAAAAAGGAUAAGCAUCAAAUCACUCGGCCAGAGUACCUGCAAGAAACCUACGAACAGUGCAUUGAUGUGAUGGGCCAGAAACUUUUGAUGUAUCAGCAGCAAACAAACGAGUACCACAUUGCCUGCAUUUCUGAAUUCCGGGAUCAGCUGAAGAGGUUUGAGGAGGAUCUUCCCCGAGUCAUUCAGCUGGUCAUUGGUAAACAUCUGAAGGAUCAUGAGCAGCUCCUCGUAGAGUCGACAGAGGAGAUCCGGCGCAAGCUGCAAGGCCAGCUGCAGAAAUGGGAUGUGGCCAAGGACAAGACCAAGGCGAAGCUUUGCCCAACUCUUGGGCACCCCCACAAUCUGCCCCUGCUGGAAGCCUUGUGCCAGGAGGAAGCGGAGAGGGAGAAGGACCAGGUGGAGGGGAUCCGACUCUGCACCAAGCAGCUGGAGGCCUGUGUCAUUGAGUGUGCACAGAAGUUUGUCCUGGCGUUGGCUACCUGCACCGAGACGGUCCUGGUGGAGCUGGACCAGAGUCUCACCAUUGAUGAUGUACAGAUGGGAAAAAUAGAGAACCCCCGAGAGAAGACCAGCACCCUCAUACGCCGCAAGAAAGCUGGCCUGUCCUUGGAGAUGGAGGAGUGCCGCCUCUUGGUGGAGCGGGGGAGCAGGACUUGGCCUGGCCUUCCCAGAACCACCCUGGUGGGUCUCCCAAACCAAAUUAUCUGGCGAGAAACAGCUUCUGUGACAACAGCCAAGACCACCUUGGGUCAUAUGGCUGCCGUAGAAGAGAGAGAUGCAGUUUACAGGAAGUUCAAGCAAAUACUGGAAGGGGAGUUUGCCAGGAUCAAGGAGGAGAGCACAGCCCAUCUCCUGAAGGCCCAGCACUGGGCAGACUGGUGGAAGAAGUCUGUGCAGAAAAUCAAGCAGCUCUAUGCCUAAAUCCCAUCAACACCCCUCCCUUCACCCCAUGGUUUGCAUAUAUUUUUAUCUAGAGAAAAACAAAUACAUUA